GUCACCUGACGGUUGUGUGGUUGCAGCCAGCGGGUUCAGCAUUUGAUACACGGGAUUGGAAAUAAUCACAAAACAAACCAUAAUUCCAGGCCAAGAAACUAAGACAUUUUCCGGUAAAUCCGUUCUCGGUUUCCCCUCGCUUGCACAAUGAGUGCCUGCACCCCUAAAUCGCUGGCUUCGUCGGGACAAAAGCCCAUUCAGGAGAUGUGCCAUCCGCUCGGAGCCGAGGAGGCAGUUCUCACACCCAGUCCAGAUGUCAGAAACAUCACUAGCAGCAUUGGAGAGAAGGACCAAAUUCUGCCCAAUGGGACGCCGGUGGAGACAUCUAGUCCCUCCUCCUCGUCCUCCCUCCUGAACCGGCUGCAGCUGGAUGACGACCUGGAUGGAGAAACACGUGACCUCUUCGUCACCGUCGACGACCCGAAGAAACACGUCUCCACCAUGGAGACCUACAUCACCUACAGAGUGGUCACUAAGACAACACGGGUGGAGUUUGACCUACCAGAGUACACCGUGAGGAGACGCUACCAGGACUUUGAUUGGCUCAGGACCAAGUUGGAGGAUAGUCAGCCUACACAUCUCAUACCACCCCUCCCUGAGAAGUUUGUGAUGAAGGGGGUGGUGGACCGGUUCUCUGAGGAGUUUGUUGAGACGAGGAGGAAGGCUCUGGAUAAGUUCCUGAAGAGAGUUGCUGACCAUCCUGUCCUAUCGUUCAACGAACACUUAAACUCCUUCCUCUCUGCCAAGGACCUGAAUAAGAGACAAGGCCUAGCCCUGCUCUCUAAGAUGGGGGAGUCGGUGAAGUACGUGACAGGAGGGUACAAGCUGAGGGGCCGACCCGUGGAGUUUUCUGCUAUGGGAGACUACCUGGAUAUGUUCACACAGAAGCUGGGUACUAUCGACAGGAUAGCACAGAGAAUCAUCAAAGAACAGUCUGAGUACCUAGCAGAGCUGAAGGAGUACGGUCCAGUCUACACCACCUGGGCGGCGUCGGAGGCGGAGCUACAGGGGCCUCUGGAGGGCGUGGCCAGCUGCAUGGCUAACUGCUCCAUCGCCCUGGACGAACUCACCCAGGAUAUGAGCGGAGACUUCCUGCCCGUGCUCCGAGAAUACGUCCUCUAUAUUGAGUCCAUGAAGGCUGUUCUGAAGAAGAGGGACAACGUCCAGGCAGAAUAUGAGGCCAAACUGGAAGCUGCUGCACUCCGGAAAGAAGAGAGACCAACAGCCAAGGUGCCUACAGACGUGGAGAAGUGCCAGGACAGAGUGGAGUGUUUUAACGCUGACCUGAAGUCAGACUGGGACCAGUGGCAGAACAACAAGACACAAGACUUCAGACAGUUACUCACUGGCAUGGCAGACCACAACAUCCAGUACUAUGAGAAGUGCCUUGCAGCGUGGGAGUCUGUCAUUCCAGUAUUACAGGACAAGCAACCACAGGAGACAGAAACAGAGGAAGACUGACACGGCCAGCUCCCCUUUGGAGCACAUUGGAAAGUGGACAUAACAUCUCAAACACUUCUCUACCCGAGUUUCCAGUGUCACACACAGACACAGAUACUCUCGACGGGAGAUGACCAAGGAAAUGGGCUUUUGGGUCUACAGACUGAAGUCCUCUUUAGUUUUGGUGUUUCUAUAUGUGAAACCCAGUCAGUCGGAACGUCCCUUCCUGCCUGCUGGGCAUUGUCUCACGUCAGGUAGCGCAACGGCCACCUGCACUCAUCUGUCUGAUAACUUGCGAACACUCAUGGGAUAGCUAAAAAGAAGUUUGGCCACAAUAUGCUGUGCUAACAUCCCGAAUGUUAGCACAGCAUAUUGUGGCCAAACUUCUUUUUAGCUAUCACCCUGGAGUCAGGUUUAAUCUGACCAGAAAAUAUCACCCUGAAGUCAGAUUUAAUCUGACCAGAAAUAUCACCCUGGAGUCAGGUUUAAUCUGACCAGAAAUAUCACCCUGGAGUCAGAUUUAAUCUGACCAGAAAUAUCACCCUGGAGUCAGAUUUAAUCUGACCAGAAAUAUCACCCUGGAGUCAGAUUUAAUCUGACCAGAAAUAUCACCCUGGAGUCAGGUUUAAUCUGACCAGAAAAUAUCACCCUGAAGCUAAUAAAUCUUCACUACCUAAUUCUACAUCUAACGAAGGUGUUAUGUGGUUGGAAGAAUCAGUAUUUAUGAAAUUCGUAAUGUACACUAAAAUUAGCUAGCUAACGCGUCAGCUACAGUAGCUAGUGUCUGCUUGCUGGCUGUACCAGUCUCAAAUCAAUCCAUAAUGAAAGGCAGGGAUGCUAACAAUGCGAGUUCACACACACUCAAUGCUGAAAAUCCUAGUAAAUUCUAGCUAAUGCACAAACGAGUUUUCAUGAUAUCUUGUUCUGCUGUGAUUUAGUGUGCCGAGUUCUACAGCACAGCUGAAUGUAGCAAGGCACAUUGCCAGCUGUCAGACCUGCUGAUUUCUGAGAACAGUCCCAGAACUUUGGUGCCUUACAAGCUGGCAAACUAUCUACCGUAUGGCCAUUCAAACAAGCCCUGCACUCCACUGCUAACUGGAGUUUACUCAAGUGAUUGGGUUUCCGUAGUAUCCCGUGUGUCAUAGCUACAGAGAGAGAGUUAUUUUCAGAAUUAGGAACUAGAAUUAGGCAGAAGAGCAAAAUGUAGAUUAUUAGAGAUGUGUUCCACGUCCUACGUGACAGAUCGGUUGAGGGAUGAGCCCCCCGUAGGAGGGACGCUAUCUGACGUGAGACAAUGGCCUGCUGGGAAGAGCCAUGGAGCAGAGUGGAUGGCUCUCUCUCUCUCUACUCUCUGUCUGUCUCUCUCUACUCUCUCUCUACUCUCUACUCUCAAUCCCUACUCUCUCUCUCCUCUCUCUCUCUACUCUCUCUCUCCCUCUACUCUCUCUCUCUACC